CCUAAACAUUUCACUUCGCGAAAAAUUAGACUUACCCUCGCAUCCUUCUCUCUCUGUCUCUCACUCCAUAGACCUCUCUGACCCUCGUCGUGUAUCUUUCCAUCCUCACUCGUGUUUGUCAAAACUAAAAACCUAUUGGGACUGGACAGAGUCAAGUUUUGGUGCUUUUUUUUCUUUUCUUGUUCUCGCUAAUUCUGCACUUCUGUCAUUCAUUCAUUUUCUUCCUCCCCUCACGCUCUUCCUCUGAACUGCUGUCGCGAGCCGUUCGCGCGGAUACUGAGAGAGAGAGACCAACUUUGGAGCACGUGACAACAUCUGGAGCUUCAUUUAUUUAUUAAUUUCUACACUUUUGUUUGUUUAUUUGUUUAUUUAUUCUGCCUAUUUAUUUGGCAACAUAUCUACUUUUUAAAACAAGGAUCUGGACAAAUAUGAAAUUGCUGGGUGACUCCUCCUCAUCGCUGCUCCUCUCGCUGCUGUUGGCUCAGCUACAUCUGUUAGCAUCUGCUCUCCCGGCCCAACCCCGGAGGAUCCAGACUGACUUUGACAAGCUGACCAAUCAGACCAGACACCUUCUGAAGCUGACUCAGGAUCUCCUGAAAGACCCAGUGUUUGGCACAGAGAUUGAGCACAACCGGUUCAAGUUCCUUCCAGCGAUCAGCAGCAGAGUCAGUGACCUCUCCAGUCUGGAGUUCAAGCCUACUCUUUCUCAGCUCUAUGCGGACCUCAAGUCUUUUGAGCAUCAUUUUGAGUGGCUGAACAGAAUAACACGCAAGCACAGCUCAGUACCAAAGCUGACGGACAUGAUCUCCCACAUUAAGAGCCUCAUACACUCCUUGCAGCGUCAGAUGGUCCGAGCAGAGGCUCCCCGGAUCCCGGUUGCCUCUCCAUCACUCCCGCCUAAUCUCGCCUUUCACUGGGACGUGGUUCAGUCCUCUCAGGAACUUCUGCAGCAGUUCAGGCUCUUCUGUGACUGGGCUUCACGAGUGUUCCUUACCCUUAAAUCUAGAUCACCAGCAUGAGGAACCUCAAUGGCAUCACACACACACACACACACACAAAACAAAAACAACAACAGGCGGUAAACCGUCUCCUUUACAAUACAACAAAAAUGGCCAUGACUCAAUUAUUAUUACAGUCCAGGGAUGGACUGGUGAUAGGGAGCACCGGGACUUUUCCCAGUGGGUCAGGUCAACUUGUGGGAAAAUAGUUUUGAUAUUGUCAGGCCGGAGCAUCUGAGUAGUUUAAUAUUACAACCCAUUCACAACCUACUCUUGUUCCGCUUCGUUCUAACUGCCACUGCUUUGCACUUUCAAGCCAAUCGUAAGCAUGAAGUUGAAUCUGUGCUUAAUACAUUCUACAUUAUAGUUAUAUUUAAUAAUUAAUAAUUAAAUAUAAUUAUUACUUCUACAUGUUCAGAUGCAUAAUUAUGAAUAUUGCAUAUGGAACCAGGAAGACGAUUACUGAUUUGUUAAAUUGAAAUGUAGUGCCAUAGAAAUGUGCCUCUCAAAAAAUCUGCUCCAGUCCCAGGAAUAGGGUUAAGAGGCAGAUUACUGAUGCCUUAUUGGACAAAAGCGAUGCGAAUCAUCCCUGAAUACUUGUGUGAAGCUGUGGUGGUGGAUUUGUGGUGGGUUGUGAUGGGCUGUGUCCACCCCAGACCGAUUAGUUUUUAAUCCCAGUCCAUCCCUGUCACAGUCUGAAGCCUGAUCAGUGAAGGAGUCUGAUCUAAAAAAGAACAGUGCACUCCAGUCGACAUCCUGCUUCUGACGCUCCAUUUAACCUUAAACCUUCCUUUACCUUUGCUUUUUUUAUACAAAUUCUUUUUUUUUUCAGAACUAUUUGUUAUUUAUGUAUUUAUUUAUUUAUUGUCUUGUUAUUUAUUUGAUGAUAUUAUUUAUUUAAUUUCUCGAUAAACGUGUCAACAUUCUAUCAUUUGCAAGGCAAGAAGUAAAAUGUACUACUCUCUUUCUUCCUUUCCUUUAUUCAUUGGCUCCUCUUGUCUUGUACCACACACAAAACCACAUGUAUGACAGCUCCAUUUCAUGUCUCUUAUUAAACUGAUUGUAUUUUUAUACAAAUACAUUUCCCUCUCACUGUUACCUAGGUUACAAUACUCUGCCACUAGAUGUAGCAAUAUUUUGGGAGUGUAAUGUAUGUCGGCGCUGAGUGAGAGAGGACUAGCACUGACCCGAACUUUGCUUGUCUUUCUUUUUUUGUUGCUGUUUUUAUUUUUUGCACAGCAUAUUGGGGUUAAUAUCAUUUUUUAUUGUCAGUUCUGUGAUUCAAGAACAUUUUGAUUAAACCUUAUUUCAAGCAACAUAAGAAAAAGACAACCUAAGGCUUAAAAUACUAUGUAUUGUGAUACUUUGGUACUGUAAAGCUGUACAUACAUGCUGCCGAAUGUAAACUGGUAUAUACAAUGAGUGUAUACUUAUUUUGUUUUCUAUAAUAUAAAUUCCAGUGCUCUAACAAUGUAUUGCAAUAUAAAAAAAAAGUCUUUCCCUCCCUCUUUUUUUAGGAUUUUGAUACAGUAUUUACUAUUUAUUGAUAUGAUUAUUAUUAUUAUGGUUAUUAUUAAUUAUAAUAAUUGUUAAAAUUAUUUAUUUUUGCAAAUCAGAAGCAAGACUUCUGUCAUGUUUUGUACUUUUAUACUUUUCACCACCAAUCAUCAUCUCUGUUUAGGUUAACUUCUGUGUCUACAUAGACUGAACGUUGCUGUUAGUGCACUAAAUAUGCAGAAACUGGCUGUGUUUAACUGUGUGCCUUCUGAGAGAGACAAUAAAGGAACUUACAUGUAAAUUUUA